CCCGUUGCCCAAGGUUGCUGUUCCAGUGGAAAGUCACCUCAAGCUAACGACAGCUAACCCAAGCGGCGCGCAUAGCAUCAUUUUCUAAGCUUAAACCACACUCGUUUUUUUUGUGCGUUUGUCAACGUCGCAGGAUAUUUUUUACAAAAGUGUACAUUUUAACACGAGCUACUUUUCUCCUUUUUAAAAAAAAAAUCAUUUAAGAAUAGCUCCGACCGGGCGUCAUCUUUACUCUUCUUCCCACAUUUCUAGCUAGCAUCAUGGCUGCAUUGAGAGCGUCCUAUCACAGGAUUCUGGACCAGAUCGAGCACAUGCUGCCGGCCAAACUGAGACCUCUGUACAACCACCCGGCAGGUCCCAAAACAGUGUUCUUCUGGGCGCCCAUGUUUAAAUGGGGCCUGGUCGCUGCCGGCUUAGCCGAUAUGACGCGGCCGGCGGAAAAGCUGAGCACCUCCCAGUCUGCGGUACUGACGGCAACAGGCCUGAUCUGGUCCAGGUACUCGCUGGUCAUAGUACCAAAGAACUGGAACCUGUUCGCCGUCAACUUCUUCUUGGGCUGCGCCGGGGGCUCCCAGCUCUACAGGAUUUGGAGAUACAAGCAGGAUCAGAAGGCUCUGGGGGCAGCCGAGUCCUGACCGUGAUGUAAAAGCUCAAGUUCUUGCCAGGGCGACCCCGCAAGCCUGCCCCCUGCCCCCGUGCGCCCCGCUUCCGUUCCCACAUCACAUCAUCUUCGUUUCCACGUAACAUCCACGCCAGCAAUACGAUCCGACCAUAUUUAACAUCCGUUUCCCUGCUGGAAAUGUGCACCCCCUCCCCCCCCCCAGUUCCAAGUUUCCUCAGGGCGCAUAAUUGACGUUUAAAAAAACUAAAGCGAAAGUCACACUUGGUCACUAACGCACAAGUUAUAACUUGUUUGUUAACAAGUUAUUUGAUUGUACAUUUAGUUUGUGUAUCAUUUUUUCAGGUGUAGCAGUCAUUACCUCAUGCAAUCAUUUCCCAAAAACAUUCAGUCUGAAGAUUAUUGUCCGAUGCCAUUGAAGGGAAUCAUCGCAGUUUUAGUAACUUAUUUAUAAUACAGUUAUUAAAUUAUCAUUUUAAUGGCUUUAAACAUGAGAACAAAUCGCUGCAUUGUUUCACUUUUCCUUCUCUUAUCACUGUUGAAAAAUUUCUGUUCAAACCUGUCCAGCUUGUAAUUGCUACACCAAAUGAUGUCUAAUGUCUUCUUUUUUUAAUUUGUUAAUCAUUCUUUGGCUUUUUUUUUUUUUUUCACCGUAAUUUUUCAUUCUAAUUCCCCUCACAUUAAUAUCCCCUGAUCUGCAAAUGGCACUUUGAGGCACUGUGGAAAUGUCAUUGCUGUUAUGACAGGUUAAUAAAUCCUGUUCAACUAAUAA